CAUGUGUCUUUAUGCAUGAUGAUUGCUCCUUUUAACAGAAACCUAAGAGGGAACGAUCUUACUGGUCACGUUCCUCAAGCUCUUCAAAGAAAUGGACUAGAGUUACUAGUUGAAGGAAACCCGAGGCUUUGUCUCUCUGGUUCGUGCACAAAAGACUCCAAGAAGAAAUUUCCACUGAUAAUUGUUGCAUCAGUUGCUUCUGUAGCCAUAAUCGUUAUUGUGUUGGUUCUUGUGUUUGUUCUCAAAAAGAAGAAGCCAUCAUCCGUGGAAGCUGCACAACUUCCACCAAUUACGCCAAACAUUAAACCAUCAAUUGAGACGAAAAAGAGAAGGUUUACUUAUUCAGAGGUUAUGAAAAUGACAAAUAAUUUCCAAACAGUAGUAGGCGAAGGUGGAUUCGGUGUUGUGUGCCACGGUACUCUAAAUGAUUCCGAACAAGUAGCUGUUAAAUUGCUCUCUCAAUCAUCUAGUCAAGGCUAUAAGCAUUUUAAGGCAGAGGUUGAUCUUCUUCUAAGAGUUCACUAUACAAAUUUGGUGAACCUCGUUGGAUAUUGCGAUGAAGGAGAUCAUUUGGCUCUUAUCUAUGAGUUUAUGCCAAAUGGAGACUUAAAACAACAUCUAUCUGGAAAACGUGGUGGAUCCAUUUUCAAAUGGGGCAGUCGGCUGCAAAUAGCUCUGGAGGCUGCACUAGGUUUGGAAUAUCUACAUGUUGGAUGCACACCGCCAAUUGUACAUAGAGAUAUCAAAACGACAAACAUAUUGUUGGACCAACAGUUAAAGGCUAAGAUCGCCGAUUUUGGCCUUUCAAGAUCUUUCCCUGUUGGAGGUGAAACCCAUGUUUCAACUGUUGUUGCUGGUACACCUGGAUAUCUUGAUCCAGAAUAUUACCAUACAAGUCGGCUGGGUGAGAAGAGCGAUGUGUACAGCUUUGGAAUUGUGUUAUUGGAAAUGAUCACAAAUCAACCAGUGAUUGACCAAUCCCGUCAAAGGUCUCACAUAGCUCAGUGGGUUGGGUUUGAGCUCAACCGAGGAGAUAUCACUAGUAUUAUAGAUCCAAACCUCCACAGGGAUUACGAGUCUCGUUCUGUAUGGAGAGCUCUUGAACUGGCGAUGUCCUGCGUGAAUCCUUCUUCACUAAACCGACCAAAUAUGUCCCAGGUUGCUAAUGAACUGAAAGAGUGUCUUGCGUCUGAAAACUCUAGGAGAAAUAUGAAUAUGGACUCUCAGAGUUCUCCUGAAGUGAGCAUAAGCUUUGACACUGGAAUGUUUCCGAGGGCAAGAUAGUUUGUUUGUGCUGCAAAGUAAGACGACCAAUGACCGUGACGAGCAUAUGAGGCUUAUAGUGAACUGUUUUGAAUCACAAUUAACUGUUUACGCCUUUUCUUUUUAUGAAUUUUGGGUGACAAGAAAAAAAACAUUGAGAAUUUCUGAAGAACUUUUGAACAUGAACUUGGAAAAGUUAGUUUGUGGAGUAAUUAACAUAUGACGAGGGCGUGUCCUCUAUGUAUCAGACUAUCAGUACACUGUUUUGUGGUUACGGUUACAAACAGGAAUCAAUGAAUAUAUAAUCGGCCAGUUUAUAU